UCCCCUCUUCUCCUUUUUUCCUGCCUUGUUAAACACUAUUUCCCAAACGAGCAUUGUCUUGUUUGCCACUACAGUGUGAGCUUGGUAGUCAGCUGGAGAAUAAGCUCGCUGCGGGUGCCCGUCAUCCGGUUUGGCAUCUUACAAGGCAUUCGAAUUCGCCCCUUUCAGCAGCAACAACUUGUCCUUUUAUUUUAAAGGCUUUAUUUUUACAGGCCAUAUUUCAAUUGAUUUCUUUUUAUUUGACUCGACGCCAAACUCCUUUAUUUCACCCCCUUUCUUUUUUCCUUCGCUAUCGCCUCCAGGUGCACUCUACUUUACUGUCUGCAAGCGCAUAGUAAGGUCGCAUUGACAACGAACCCCUGCUGGCCCUACAACAACUCUAUCUUGGCGAGGAAGGUUUCUGCGUCUCAGGCCAAUUUCAGCAAAGAAAAAGCCAAAAUACACGUCACCCUUUUUGACGACAGGGCAAUUUCCGAAGAAAAGAGAAGCUCAAGGUUUACUUUUUGGGUGGAAUUAGAGUUUGUGCUUGUGCGCGUCGAACCCAAGCAUUGUCACGGCGCACCAGACCACCAACAAGCUUUCUGCAUCGCCAGGCGAAUAAAAGGAGAGUCAUAGCAGCCCGCCUCAAACCAGGGACAAAAAAAACGGAAGUUUUAUUCUACUUCUCAAAUCCUCCUUUUACUCUCUCAGCGACAACAACAGCAACAAUACAAACUACAAAAACAAAACAGUUCACCGCAGCAGCCGCCAACAGGCCUCUGUUCCCCAGAAAACAGGCUGCCGCUACUCUCUACAGCACUCCCCUAAGGUACUACUGUACUUACAGCGCCCUUCUACAAAAGAAAAAGUCGCCCAGUGGCAGAGACCCUGCAGCCCACGAGCCGAUUUCGCAGGUCUGACAGGGGAAACGCUGGCCGUCGAUUGGUCCGAUAACCACUAGCGCCGUCCCUUGUCCUUUUUUUUUUUGCUACGAAAGGCGAGCGACAGGCCGCCCCGAAACAGAAGAAGAGUCAUAGCCCCAGACCACCGACGCUCCACUGACAGCCACUAACAACGCCCACGAGGGCCCCCUGGAACAACAAACGCAACAACCCUUGCCCAGGUGCUGCUAGGCUAGUGCCUCCCCUCCCGCUGCCGCCGCCCGCCGCAAACAGCAGCACAGCCUCCCACUACACAGAGUUACAGUGCUAAUCCAGGGCCAUUGGCACGCUGGAAGCCUCACUGCACAGCUGCACUGCACUCAUCACCUACCCACUUCCAUCUUAUCUUUUCCCCUACAAUGCUGGCCGCAGCCAUUUCUUCUCCAACAGGUGCGUACUCAUUACUCAACCCCAACACAACAACGUCAGCAUCACCGGUUCCUUUUCCUUUGCCUGGCUGAGCUCCCUUUUUUGUCUCGUCCUUUUUCAUCUUCUUUCUCGCCACGCAUUGCUUUGUCAUUUUUCUUCUUUCUUCAUUUUUUUUCUCUCUUCGUCCGCUGCUCUCAGGCCAUUCGCAAACGCCACUGCACGCACCCCAACCAAACAAAUUCUCACCUGAUUUUUUUUUCUACAGACGUUGGACGAAAGCAGACCAAGCAGUCUGCCCUCGCAAAGCUCGUCAUGAGCAGCAACUACAUCAGCUACUCGCAAUGGUCGCCGCCAUCCGACUCCGAAAAAUCCCCCGAGUCCGACAAACAGUCAAAUAGCCACAAGGACGUCACCUUUGCGACACCAGCGAUACCCAUUCCCGCUAUGGCCUCUGCCAUGAGAAUGGUCAACGACCUCACGGAGACGCCGCCCUUGUCGCGCAGCCUCAACUCGACGGCUCCCAGCUCCCCCAGAAUGCCACCCCUGCGACAAAAUUCAGGAUCGCAUACUCCCCGCGUACGCCCUCAUGCAACCACUUUAAAUAUCCCCGGUAUGACGAGAUCGCGCGUGUCCCCCGACGGCCGAAUCCCCCAACGAGAUGUUGCCGCAAAGCUCGUCAUUGUCAUGGUCGGCCUCCCUGCCCGUGGCAAGUCCUACAUUACCAAAAAGUUGCAGCGAUACCUCUCGUGGCAGCAGCACGAGUCCAAGAUUUUCAACGUCGGCAACCGGCGACGUCAUGCUGCAGGAAUCAAGGUUUCUGUUCAGCCAAGACUCAACCAAGAAGCCGACUACCUCGACGGCCCCGUCCGCGCCGCAUCCAUCCUCCUCAACGGCGUCGCCACGCCCGAGUUUGGCUCGCAGCCCGAGCCUACUGAGCUCGAUCUCAACGGCACCGCUGGCACCGACAUGGACCAAUCUGCCAAGUUCUUCGAUCCCAAAAAUGAAAAGGCGUCGGCCCUGCGAGAGGAGGUUGCUAUGCAGACCCUGGAUGAACUCCUAGACUACCUUUUGUGCCAGGGUGGCUCUGUUGGUAUCCUCGACGCCACCAACAGUACCAUUCAGCGCAGACAGCACGUCGUCGACCACAUUCGUGAGCGCGAGCCCAAGCUGGGUAUUCUUUUUAUUGAGAGUAUCUGCAGAGACCCUGAUCUGCUUGAAGCCAACAUGCGCCUCAAGCUUUCCGGCCCCGAUUACAGAGACAAAGAUCCCUAUGAGGCAUUGGCUGACUUUAAGAAUCGCGUGGCUGCGUACGAGAGCGCAUAUGUGCCCCUGGGAGAGUACGAGGAGGAUAACGACAUGCAGUACAUUCAAAUGGUAGAUGUGGGUCGUAAGCUUGUCCAGCACCGUCUCAAGGGCUUCCUGAGCGGCGGUAUCAGCAACUACCUGUCCAGCUUCAAUCUUGCGCCGCGCCAAAUUUGGAUUACCAGACACGGCCAGAGUCUCGAUAACCAGCUUGGCAAGCUCGGUGGAGAUUCUCCGCUGACAGAGCGUGGCCACUGCUACGGUCUUGCCCUGCACAAGUUUAUUACCCAGAAGCGCAAGGAGUGGCUCAUUGAGCAGAAGAGCAAGUUGGCCCAAGCCUCGUUCCCUCCUCAGCCGGGAGACAACACCCCUCCAUACCCCGAUGUAAACAAGGAUGUGGACGAGAAGAACUUUUGCGUCUGGACCUCGAUGCUUCAGCGUAGUGUCGAGACUGCCGAAUACUUUGAGGCAGACGACGACUACGAUGUUAAGAACUGGGAGAUGCUCAACGAGCUCAACACUGGCCAGUUUGAGGGCAUGACGUACGAGGAGAUUGCUCGCAAUUUCCCUGGCGAAUACCACAAGCGAGCCCACGACAAGCUCAACUACAUCUACCCUGGCGUCGGUGGUGAGGGCUACUUGCAGGUCAUCAGCCGUCUCCGCGACAUGGUCCGAGAGAUUGAGCGUAUUACCGAGCACCUCCUCAUUGUUGGACACCGCUCCGUCUGCCGGGUUCUCAUGGCCUACUUCAUGGACCUCACCCGCGAAGACAUUACCGACAUGGACAUUCCUCUCGGUAUGCUCUACUCCAUCGAGCCCAAGCCAUACGGCAUCGCCUUCCACGCGUACAAGUACAACGAGGAAGCGGGAUGGUUUGACGAGCUUCCCAACUACAAGCCCCAAAAGGCUACUCGCGACAUUGUCUAAUUUCGCCCACUUUACCACCUUUCCAACCCUACCUUGGUUGCUCCUUGGUAGCGUGUAUACUAUACUUUUUGUGUUUAAUAUCUCGUGUUUGGCGCAACAGAGGACGGAUUGCGCCCCGAGUUUCUUUUUAUUUGCCGGAUUCAUCUUUUGCUUUUUUCCUAUUUCGCACCUAGACACACACAUACGCAUGAGCACAUACAGGAGGAACGAACAAGGCACCGCAACGACAUUGGAUGCCACGAUACCCCCGCCACAAACAGAACACACACAGACCGUGGCAACACUAUACCAGAAAAAGCGUCGUUUUAUGCGCCUUGUUUCCUUAGAAGUCUCGAACCCAGCAAACACAAGCACCAGAAAAGGCAGCUUACCAGAUGUCCUCCAAAGGACUCAAACGAGCCGCCCCAACACACCGAGAUUUCUUUUAUGCUCUUGUAAUGAUUAAUGAACCAACCAAGCAACAUCUUGUCGUUUUACUUUUUUCUUUCGAGCUGCUGGAUUUAGUUUAGCUAGACUCAUCCUCUACCAUAGCCAACGUUUUUGUACUUUAUAUACCCCGGCCUGGUGGCAGCAGCACCCUCACAUAAAAGCAUGCAUCAUUGUGACUGUAAAACUUUAAAAAGAAAUGUAUGUAUCAAUUGUAAACGAACAUAUCUGCCCAUGAAAUAAAACAGAGAAACGCCAUGCCAUGCCAUGCAAACGCCGAGUAAAAACCAAAUCCUACUAUAAAUCGCAGCAUCUUUAUACACACACUUAGCAGCCCCCACGCAGCUCUCACUUUUCUCUGCCAAGCACCAUCUUUUCUCUCUCGCUCCUGCGGCUCUCGAACUGCUUCUUGGUAUGCUUGCGCUCGUUCUCCUCGCGGCGCUUGAUGCUCUUGAGCUCGUCCUUCUUGAUCUCCGUCGCCUUCUUGACCACCUUGGGAAUGUGACGGUGGCGGCGGAUACGUCGAAUCUCCGGCAUAUGGCCAAAGCGGUUGAUGAGCUCCUCGCUGUACUCGAGGGCCUGGCGCUGGCGGGUCGACUUGACGCCCUCGCGCUGCGAAGCAUUCGCACGCCACAGACGGAUAUUACCAUCAUCCGAGCCCGACAAGAUGUACCGCGAAUCAGGCGUCCACUUGGACGCCAUGACACGCUGCAUGCGCUUUGUGUGGUAGACAUCGCGCGAGUGGCCCUUGUCGCGGUUCCAGAGACGCACGGUGCGGUCCCAGGACGCAGACACAAGCUCCUGGCCCGUCGGGGAGAACUCGACGUCCAUGACGGCGGCAACGUGGUCCUUGAGGACGUUGAGGGCGCGGUCGAAGCGGCGCAUGUCGAAGAGGUAGAUGUUGUGGUCCUCGGACGCCGUGGCCAUGUUGAAGGCCUCCAUGGGCGACCAGGCAAUCUGGUUCGUGGCGAAGCUGAGCACCGUCUUUGUGACGGGCGUCGAGGUGCGCAGGUCGUAAAUGACAAUGGAGCGGUCCGUGGCGCACGACGCGAGAAUCGACGUCUCCACGUAGUUGAACUUGACGUUGGUGAUGGUGUCGGUGGAGUUGGGCCACUUGAGGACCUCGGGCGCCGCGUUGUGGCGCUCCAAAUCAUAAAUGGAAAUGACGCUUGAUGCGGCUGCAAAGGCGUUCUUGGAGCGGUGGUUGGACAAGCUGUUGAAGGCGCCGGCGCCGAGCCACGAUGAGAUGGGCGCGGCGUUGUCGGACGUGUGGUACGGGUCGAAGAGCUUGAUGCUGCGGUCGGCGCCGCAAGUUAGGAGCUUCUGGUCUCGUGUCCACUCGAGGCCCUUGACAAUGUUCUCGUGGGCCGUCGACGUCCAUGUCUGUUCUCGCGAAGUCAGGUCCCAGACUUUGACGACGCCGUCACCGCUGCCCGAGGCGAAGCGUUCCAGCGAGUUGGGGUCUUUGGCAAUCGAGUAGACGCCGUCCACGUGGCCCUCGCCGAGCUGUGCGAUAAAGGGAGCAGCGUGCAUGCGCUCGAGCUUCACGGCAUUCAGGGCACGCUGGUAUUCUCGGGCUCGUUCGAAUGGAUGCAAGGCGCUGUCGAGGUUGCGCUGCUGCUUGACGACGUCGGAGCCGGGAGGCUGGUGAGCCGAUACCGACCGGCUGAUUGCUUUGACCUUCAUAUCGGGUUGGUUGAAAAUCUCCCAGGCACUAGAAAUUAAAAGAUCAAGUUGUGGUGAUGCCAGGCAAAGGGUAUAUAUGAAAUUCAAUGAGGUUGG